CGCGGGAAGCCGGAGACUGAGAGCCGCUCAAUUAAUGCAAGGAUUUAAAUCCCCUCAUCUGCUACGGCCAGCCCAUCAUGCACAGGAAACACCUCCAGGAGAUUCCCGAUUCGAACAGCAAUGUUAAUAUCACCUUCAAGUGGGGAUGGGAUCUUAACAAGACAUCGGAUUUGCUGUCAGGAAUGGGGGUCGCAGUUCUGGAGAAAGAAAAGGUGGACAGUGAAAACAUCCCCCAGGAGCUGCUCUUAACUCAAGCCCCUCCACCAAAAAAGCAAAAGGUGAAAGCGAAGGAAAAGGACUUUGUAAUUGCCCGCAGGCCGAGGCAAUCCAAAGAGAACAGUUCAGGAAUUUCCUGGGAUAUGCUUCCAGACGAAUUGCUCCUCGGAAUCUUUUCAUAUUUAUCUCUGCCCGACCUCGUAAGAGUCUCUGGGAUUUGUAAGAGGUGGCAUCGCCUCUCGUUUGAUGAAUCACUGUGGCAGACUUUAGACCUGGCAGGGAAACAUUUACUGCCAGGAGUAAUUGGGCAGUUGCUCUCUAUAGGUGUGGUUGCUUUUCGCUGCCCAAGAUCACACGUGGAUGCGCCACUGUUUAAAAAUCUCAGACCACUUCGGGUGCAGCAUAUGGACCUGUCUAACUGCAUAAUAGAUGAGGCUGCCCUACAGAACAUUAUGUCUCGAUGCUGCAGGCUGCAGAACCUGAGCCUGGAAGGACUGAGGCUUUCGGAUGCCAUCGCCAGAAACCUGGCUCAGAAUUCAGACUUAGUGCGAUUAAACCUCUCUGGGUGUUCCGGAUUCUCCGCCUCUGCACUGGGGGCUCUGCUGAGCGGCUGUACUCGCUUAGAUGAGCUGAACCUCUCCUGGUGCUCUGAUUUCACAGCAGAACAUAUCCAAGUUGCCGUCAGCUCUGUUACAGAAAGUGUGACACAACUGAAUCUCAGUGGGUACAGACAGAAUCUACAGAGAUCAGAUGUGACGACAUUAGUGGGACGGUGCCCCAAUCUGGUCCACUUAGAUUUAAGUGACAGUGUCCUGCUGAAGACUGACUGUUUCCAGGAACUUCAUCAGCUCAUCUACCUCCAACACCUGUCGCUCAGCCGAUGCUAUGAAAUAAUGCCGGCAGCCUUACUUGAACUUGGAGAUAUCCCCUCACUGAAGACGCUACAAGUUUUUGGAAUUGUAACAGAAAAUUCCCUUCCUGUGCUAAAGGAAGCACUCCCCCAUCUGAAGAUCAACUGUUCUCACUUCACUACCAUUGCCAGGCCAACAGUAGGCAGCAAAAAGAACCCAGACAUCUGGGGCAUCAGGUGCCGCCUGAUGCUGCCGAAUCCCAGUAGCCGCUGAUGUCCUCGUCACAAAGUGCCUUCACAGAAGAAUGGACAGAAAGGCCCCUGUACGUGGAGCCCCUCGACUGUUUUUUCUCUGAUGAGUUCGACCUUCUGCCUUGUAACUGUUUGGGCUUGAGGAUCACUUGAGAAAGAACUGUUUCCUGUCACUAACUCAAAAAAAGUUAGGAAGAAGUGCUUUGCACUGGGAACACAACUUUUGUCAGUACCUUUUAAAGGCCUGCCUGGAGAGCCAUGACAUUUCAAGUAUUUAUGAGUUGAAGGGAGUAAACCUGUACUUAAUAUUAAAAGGUGGUUCAGGGUAAGUGCUUCAUACCACCUCUCUGACAUUCCCUCUUCUAAAAAUCUUCAGAAUGCAGCCAGUGCUCAAGUGAAUAAUUUUAUAGAAACUGUUUCAGUAAUCAUACAUGCUUUUUCAUUUUCUCUGUCUUGCCUUACAUAGAAUGGAUUGGAAGAACCCCAGAUCACUCAUUUUCUGAACUGAGCACAAAUAGAGCUUGGGGGGAAAAAUCCCAACUCUGUCUUUGAGUGUUAAUCACUGAACCUUGAGAUAAUAAGGAUCAUGGGAAGGGAGACCCCACAAAAGCAUUUUAAAGAGCCUGGAAAAAAAUGUUGUCUUUAGCCCAAGGUUUGGGGCAGAGAGUAAAAGUACAUUUCCACUUGGUGAUACAUGCAUACCAAAAAUGCUUGGGAACCUUUGAAGGCAGGGGCAAGCCAAAUGACAGCUGGUUUCUGUGACUGAUGAGCUUGAGGUCUUCUUGGACCAAUUAGCAUUUCUUUACGGAGAUUCAUAGGUAGUUUUUCUAGGUUCUGAAACUAGCUGUGGGGAUGUAAUUAUGGUGUUGCUUGUUUGCUUUUUUAUAAAAUUUCUUUCCACAUCAUGACCACAUAUCUUAACAUUGGUAAAGACUGGCUGCCUUGUUCACUUUUUUAUAUUGAAGGUGCUUUUGCUUCUGAUGGUUUACAUUCCACAAACCAAUUUCUGUUUUAGGUGCUAGGUAGAAUUUGGCCUUGUUCCCUGUUCUUCCUUGUAACUGAAGUCUAGAAGGGGCUAUUUUGAUUUUUCUCUUAGAAUCAAGUACUGAAUAACAAGAAAUAAAAAAUCUUUGCAUCAUUUGUUUGGAAUGCCCCAUUUGAAAGAGCUCUGGGGUCUACAAUUACCGGGAAGCACCACGAAACUAAGCACUCUUGUGAAAGAGGAGCAGUUUCUUGACUCAGGACAGUCUGGGAGCAGGAACCCCAACUUAAAAGCAUUGAUUGUACUUGUAGGGGAGCAGCUUUGACUUUUUAUAACUGAUGGAGCACCCAGAAAAAAAAAUUAUUCAUACUCUUAAAAACUAGGUCAACAAAUCAUUUCAUUUCUUCCCACUGAUCAAAGAAUACUAACUUUAUUUUGUUUCUGUGACUGACUUAAAAAAAUCAAGAUGGAACUAAUAUGGUUAAGUCUGCCUUAAGACUGCUGGAGAAAACACUUUGGCCCUGUGUUAUACAGAGAUUAACUGUUGCCAGCCUGUUUUCUGUGCUGUCACUAAAUGUUAACUACACCUUGAAAUGUUGUUUACAUAAUAGCCAUUAAAGAGACCUAGGCUGGGUCUGGCGGAACUUGGACCUCUGGAUACACAUCCUCUUCAGCACUCCAGUCCAGAUAUAAGCUAUCUUGACAAGAUUUUAGUGACCUUCAUGAUGUCCACUUUUAUACAUUUUUAAUUAAAAGGAAAAAAAAUUUAUACAAAUGACUCGUCCUUUAUGCGUUUAAGCCCAACUUGUGAAAAGCAACAAGAGCAGCAUGUGAGUAAACUUAAUGCAAUAGUAAUAUGCAGUCACUUUAAAAACGGUAUCAACAGUUUAAUGGAUUGAACUUAAGAGUGUACUUUGCUCAUACUUAGACUCCACCUUAACCAUCUUGCCAAAAACUGUUGCCAUUACUACAUAAAAGAUUCCGUCUAGAAUCCUCACUUUUGAAUCAACAGAUUUAAUUUGGGGGGAUUGCUCUGGUACGCAGGGUUAUAGAAUCUUCCCUCAAUAUGUUUCUUUCUUUGUACUUGGAAACUAGGAAAAAACCCUGAAAGUCUCCUUUAAUGAUCUUCCUUGAGCCUAGAAGAAGGAUCAAGCCUUUAUUAAAUACCUAUUAUGUGCCAGGCAUUUGACAAAU